ACAGGUUUCAACCAGGGCAGCAUGAACAUGGAACAAGAAGCGGCAGAAUCACUGAUUCAGGUGGCAGGCUCAGAUGGGUCGAACCCGAAUAGCUCAGACGGGUCGGACCCGUGUUUCUCGGAGGCCGUGACCCGCGUCAAGAAGCUUCUUUUCCGACAAAUGCUCGUUGGGAUCAAAGACGGCCGCUUUUUCCUGGGGACCUUUCACUGUGUUGACAAACAAGGUAACAUCAUUCUUCAAGACUCGGUGGAGUAUCGGAGCACUCGCCGGAACUCGUCUUCUCCGACGGAGCAGCGCUGCCUCGGUCUCAUUCUCAUUCCCAGCUCUUGUCGUAUUAGUUGUCAUGUUGGGUGUUCCAUUGAAGAACAAAUUAGUCUGCUUUCAGUCUAGAAUGUGUCAUGUUUGCGUUUGUGUUUGUGUUUGUGUUUGUG